AUGUCACCCGAAAUUAUUCCUAAAGGAAAUUUGGCCGGGGAGGCUACAUGCUUUGAAUGUGACAAAGAUAGUGUGAAAUGCGAGUACGCACAACCAACCAAAAAGAGAGGAAGAAAGCCCAAAAUGCUCAUCCAUCAGCCUUCUUCAUUUCAUGAACAAACACUUUAUGAACAUGAAAGAAUUCUUGAACUUAAUCAAACUUCUGAAUCGUCAUCUCAAAGUCCUGUUCCAAUUUUUCGAAAUAAUCUUGAGCUUAGUGCGUCGAAUUCUUUUCCAUCUUUCGCUGAUCACAUCCACAGUAACGGUACUAACGAUUUAUCCGCUCAUAUGCUUGAUCCACAACCUAAUUCCCUUAUUCUGGAUAAUUUUACCAACCAAGCCUUCGACAAUUUCCAUUUGUCUCCUCAUUCUUCAUUUUCAACUUUAAUCAAUUAUCUUGAGGAAAUUAAUUCAAAUUCGCCGUCAGAUUAUUUAAGUCCUGGAUUUGAUUAUUAUGCAAUUUAA